AUGGCCAUCUCCAUCCCCAUCGAUGCGAUCACUUCGCGCUUCGGUGACCGCUUCAACAGCCUCCGCAGCACCUCUCUGAGCUCGCGAUUCGCCAACCUGCGUCCCGUCUCCGAAUUCCUCGACGUCAAGCGCGUGUCCAAGCCCGCCAACUUUGCUGAAGCUCAAAGCCGUGUCAACUACAAUCUGUCCUACUUCUCCAGCAACUAUGCCGUCGUCUUUGUUAUGCUCAGCAUCUACUGCCUGCUGACCAACCUCACCCUGCUCUUCGACAUGAUCUUCAUCGGCGGUGGUCUCUACGGAAUCGGCAUGCUCCAAGGCCGCGACCUGGACCUGGGCUUCGCCCGCUUCACAACCUCCCAGCUCUACACCGGACUGCUCGUCAUCGGCAUCCCCGUUGGUAUCUGGGCCUCACCCUUCGCCACAGGUCUGUGGCUGAUCGGUGCUACCGGUGUGACCGUCUUCGGCCACGCUGCGUUGCUGGAUAAGCCGAUCGAGAAUGCUUUUUCCGAGGAGGCGGUCUAG